UCUCCCCCUUCCUCUCUCGUCCAGUAAACGAGUUUAGCGCCGUGCUCUCUGUGCUGCUGCUGCGCCUCGAUUAUCUCAUUACACACCUAUUGCGAGUAUGCAUCCCCCAUUCCAGUCCACGGUGCCACAGCUCGACGACUUCGGGGACGACGCCCCUUUCUGCCCACCGCCGGUCUCGACGAAGCAAGCGCCCAAGGCGCGAAACAAUACGCCGCCCAGCCCCUUCAAUUUCUCGUCGGUGUCUGCUUCGUCUGGCAGUCCGUACGGGAAAGAGGACGACUCCUCCAGUUCCGACGACUCCGACAGCGACGCGAGCUACGACUCCAGCGACGACGUGAACCCGACCAAAGUUGAAGAAGUUGAAUGGGUGUAUUCGCAGGACGCUGGAGGAGUAAUUGCCCUAAACAAGCGGUCAGUCCAUGAAUGAUGUUGUUUGUCGGCGCGUAUUGACUGUUGAUGGCAGCCCCGAGGGCGAAGAAGUCGACCAGAUUGCGGUUGAGGGCCCCCAGGCUGAGCACUGUGAGGCGGUCGAACACUAC